AUGGAGCAGCAGUCGAAUAGGGCGCAUCGCCCCGCGAAGGAGAAGAAGAAGUUUGAAGGGCAAAAUCCAAAGGCCUUUGCGUAUUCCAACCCUGGAAAACUCAAUAAGCAGGCUGCCCGAUCUCACGAUGUCAAGGAAAAGAGAUUGCAUGUCCCUCAGGUGGAUCGUAUGCCCGAGGAGGCUCCUCCGACGGUCGUCGCCAUCGUUGGACCUUCAGGUGUCGGCAAGACAACCCUUCUCAAGUCCUUGAUCCGUCGCUACACCAAGCAGACUCUGAGCUCGCCGCAAGGUCCGCUUACUGUGGUCACCACCAAGCGCAAGCGCCUCACGUUUUUGGAAUGUCCCUUCGAUUCCCUCGCCGCUAUGAUCGAUGUAGCCAAGAUCGCCGAUAUCGUCCUGCUUAUGAUCGACGGAAACUACGGAUUCGAGAUGGAAACUAUGGAAUUCUUGAACGCACUGUCUACCAGCGGUAUGCCUGGUAACGUUUUCGGUAUUCUCACCCAUCUCGACCUUUUCAAGAAGCAAAGCACACUGCGCAUGACGAAGAAGCGCCUGAAGCACCGUUUCUGGAGUGAGCUGUACCAGGGCGCGAAGCUCUUCUAUCUCUCCGGUGUUAUUAACGGCCGCUACCCCGACCGUGAAGUUCACAACCUUUCGCGAUUCUUGUCCGUCAUGAAGAACCCGCGUCCACUUAUCUGGCGUAACUCUCAUCCUUAUGCGCUUGCCGAUCGCUUCUUGGAUAUCACCCCUCCCACUCAGAUCGAAGAGAACCCCAAGUGCGAUCGUACCAUUGCGCUGUAUGGUUACCUCCGAGGUACCAAUUUCCCAGCCCAGGGCGCACGAGUUCACGUUCCUGGUGUCGGCGAUCUUACAGUCUCCGGUAUCGAAGGACUUCCCGACCCGUGCCCGACUCCCUAUAUGGAUCAGCAGAUCGCCAAGGCCACUGGAAAGUCUUCAAGGCGUAAGCUGGGUGAGAAGCAGAAGCUGCUGUUUGCUCCCAUGUCCGAUGUUGGUGGUGUCUUGGUUGAUAAGGACGCCGUCUAUAUUGAUGUUAAGACUAACACCUUUGACCGUGAUUCUGAUGAGGAGUCUGAUGAUGAGAACCGCGGACUUGGAGAGCAGCUGGUGGUUGGCUUGCAAGGCGAACGACGAUUGCUUGGUGAGGCCGAUGAAGGUAUUCGUCUUUUCCGUGGCGGUGAAAAGAUCGCCCAGGGAGAGGAAGCUGAGGAAUCUGGCCGGAAACACAAACGUCAUGCCCGGAUUGCUGACGGGGAGCGUGUCACUGAGCUCGACUCCGAUGAUGAGGAGGGUCUCGAAAGCGGUGAGGAGGACGAUGAAGAACUCGGAGACGACCAAGAUGAGGAUGACGACUUCAGUGGCGACGAGGAAGACGAGAUCGAUGUCUCAGCGCCGGCCGACUUCGAAUCGAGCUUCAAGGAGCGUCAGAAUGGCAAUUCCAACCGCGAGUAUGGAGACGUUGCUUUCGCUGACAGCGACUCUGAUCUCGGUUCCAUUUCAUCAGUCGAUGAUCAAGAGCUGGAUAGUGGGGAUGAAGACGAAGAUGAGGAGGAUGACGAGGACGAGGACGACGAGGAUGAUGAGGGCAAUGCUCGGUGGAAGGACAACAUGUUGGCCAAUGCUAAGGCUCUUCACGGAAAGCGCCCAGCAUUCCGUGUCAAUGAUCUGUCUCGCAUGAUUUACGAUGAGUCAAUCACUCCUGUCGACGUUGUCCAGAUGUGGCGCGGUGUUGAAGACGAGGAUGAGGGCCAGGAGUCCGACAUCGAAGCCAAUGAAGAUGGCGAGGAUUUCUUCAAGAAGACCGAUAACGAGAAGCGGGAUCAGGCUGACUUCCGUGCCGUCCCCGAAUACGACUACGAAGAGCUGGAGCGAAAGUGGCGAGAUGAGGAGUUGAUUGAGUCUCUGAAACGUCGCUUCGUCACUGGCAAGCUUGGUGGCGGUGGUUCGGAUGACGAUCUUGAAGAUGGAGACCUGGACGACCUUGAUUCAGAUGACGAGGGCGAUGGUGCUUUCGAGGAUCUGGAAACGGGCGAGGUUUUUGAUGGAUUUGAUGAUGACGAAGACAAAGACGGUGAUGAAGAUGAAGAGGAGGGCGAAGAAAAGGAACCCGAAGGCCCUGUCGAUCUCGACGCAGAGCGUGAGCGCAAUGCCAAGAGGAAGGAAGAGCUGAAGCUUCGCUUCGAGGAAGAGGACCGUGAAGGUUUUGCCAAUGCCAAAGAUGGCAAACGAGACGGCCUCGAGGGCGAAUUCGGCGAAGACGAUUGGUACGACCUGCAGAAGGCGAAGAUGCAGAAGCAGCUUGAUAUCAACCGUGCCGAGUUUGACGAACUCGACCCGGCCUCUCGUGCUCGCGCUGAAGGCUACAAGGCUGGAACUUAUGCCCGAAUUGUCCUCGAGAACGUGCCCUACGAGUUCGCCUCGAAGUUCAACCCUCGCUUCCCUGUUAUCGUCGGUGGUCUCGCUCCUACAGAGGAUCGCUUCGGAUACGUGCAGAUCCGCAUCAAGCGACACCGCUGGCACAAGAAGAUCCUGAAGAGCAACGACCCGCUGAUCUUCUCGCUGGGAUGGCGUCGAUUCCAAUCAUUGCCUAUCUACAGUACUUCAGACAGUCGAACCCGUAACCGCAUGCUCAAGUAUACACCUGAGCACAUGCAUUGUUUCGGUGUAUUCUACGGUCCCCUCGUUGCUCCCAACACUGGUUUCUGCUGUGUCCAGUCAUUCUCCAACAAGAACCCUGGCUUCCGCAUUGCCGCGACCGGUGUCGUUCUGAGCGUGGACGAACACACGGAGAUUGUCAAGAAGCUGAAGCUUACUGGUGUUCCUUACAAGAUCUUCAAGAAUACCGCCUUCAUCAAGGACAUGUUCAACUCCUCCCUCGAGAUUGCCAAGUUCGAGGGUGCAUCCAUCAAGACAGUUUCGGGUAUUCGUGGUCAGAUCAAGAGGGCCUUGAGCAAACCCGAAGGCUACUUCCGUGCGACAUUCGAGGACAAGAUCUUGAUGAGUGACAUCGUGUUCCUACGCGCCUGGUACCCCAUCAAGCCCCACCGCUUCUACAACCCCGUCACCAACUUGCUCGACCAGGAGGAGGGUAGUGCCGCUGACAGUGGCUGGCAAGGCAUGCGACUCACCGGUGAAGAUUCCGCAUACCGCAAGAUCGAGCGUCAAGAGCGUCACUUCAACCCUCUUCGUGUGCCGAAGCAGCUGGCUGCCGAACUCCCCUUCAAGUCGCAGAUCACCAAGAUGAAAAAGCACACCGACAAGACGUACAUGCAGAAGCGUGCCGUCGUUCUCGGUGGCGAGGAGAAGAAGGCUCGCGAUCUCAUGCAGAAGUUGACUACUAUGCGUAACGAGAAGCAAGCUAAGCGUGCAGCUAAGCAAGAGGAGCGCCGCAAGGUCUACCGUGCUAAGGUCGCCGAUAGUUUGGAGAAGAAGGCUGCUCGUGAGAAGCGGGAGCGCGAUGAUUACUGGCGCCGUGAAGGCAAGAAGCGCAAGAAUGAUGAUGAGUCUGGCGGUGGCGGUGGUAAGAAGCGCAGGUGA